ACCAGUUAUUGUUGGACACCGAAUUAAGGAUCCAGAAUCAGAAGCAUGGCAGCUCGUUCUACUCCUCAGACAAAUUGUAGAUCUAAUUUGUGCACCAGCAAUACUGGCAGAUCAGGUUGCUUAUCUGAAAGUGCUCAUUGAUGAGUACAUUCAUUUUAGGUAUAUGACUUUCCCUUCUAAGCCUCUCAAGCCUAAACAUCACUACUUGUGCCAUUACCCAGAGCUUAUAAAACAAUUUGGACCACUCAUUCGCUUAUGGACUAUGCGGUUUGAGAGCAAACAUACCUAUUUUAAACAAUGUGCUAGAAAAUUGCACAACUUCAAAAAUGUAUGUGCAACACUUGCAGAAAGGCACCAGCUUCUCCAAGCCUAUUUAAGUGCUGGAAACCUCUUUCAGCUUUCUGUGCAAGUUGAAAAAGGCUCUGAAUUUUAUUCUUGUGAUUUUAACGAAGUAAUCAGGGAAUCAGUUGAUCAUUUUGAUUUUCAGCCAGGCAAUACUUUAGUAGCUACUGAAAUCACUUUGAAAGGAACAAAGUACAGGAAAGGCAUGGUUGUUCUUUUGGCCAGUAAUGAUGAGGGUUUGGAGGUUGGCAGAAUUAAACUAAUUCUUGUUCACCAGAAUUCUGUGGUUUACUUUGUGUCUGAGAAACGGUGUGCUGUGCGGUUGGUGGAUUUGGGUGUAUACUGCAUAACAGAUGAGGACCCAAGACAUGUCUGUGUACUUAAAGAGGAUCUAUUAGAUUAUUAUCCUCUCCAGGAGUAUAACAUAUGUGGCUUGUCUGUGAUUGUGUUACACCACUCUUUUCCAUCUUUUUAGGGUAUGUCUAAUUUAGAGGAAAUAAAACUUGCCAUCUCCUCUUCGUUACCUGGUCUCUCUGAUGAAACACUUCAAUAAUUUAUCCAUGGUCUUUCUGUCAUUGGUGUUGAGACAAAACUCCUCCAGUAUGUCAAAGAAGAAGACCUCAUGGAAUUCCUCAGGCCUAUACAAUGCCGCAAACUACUGAAUGCAUGGAAAAAUGAAGAACAAUCCAGCUGCUCGACUCCCCAACGAUCAUCGCGUCAAGUUCUUUCGGAUAUAUCAAGCCCAGGAUCAGAGUGUUCAAGUUCUACACCAUCUCGUUCUACUGCUUGCUUUUCAGCAUCUUGCGCCUGGGCUGAAACAUUUAAGGUGCUUUGGGAAGUCAUGCCUUCCGAAAUUAAACUGGCCAUUGCAAAUAAAAAAAGACCAUCACCAGCUGAUCGAAGGAAGCUAGUAAGAAUGUUAGUGGAUAACAUGCAAAAACAUGAAUUAAACCCAUCAAAGGCACAGUGUCAGAUUGUAGUGCAGAAUAUUGUUAAGCAGUACCCGGACAGCUUUGCUGAUGUUCUGUCUGAUGGAACAAAAAUAGGUAGUGGAUAUGCCUCUUUGCUCUUGCAAGUUAAAACCCGUGUUGAACAUGUAAACAGAAACAACACUUUAGCUCGUCGGAGAAAAGAACGACUACGAUCAUCGUGUAGAACCAUAAGCCAGAGCUCAAGAAGGCUGGCUGAUCAAUAUGGUUGUGUCAGUUGGCAGCCUGAGGAGUUUCCUGCAGGAGAAAAUGAUGACACCCUAGAAGAGAAGCGCAAGCAAAUGGUGCUGCUUCAUUCUACUGAAGGAAUUUCUGGAGCCAAUAGAGGAGAACUUCACAAGUUGAUGGAGGUCACAUAUUACCGUCAGCGCCGUGAUAUAAACGCCACUCCACCACUGUCUGAACUAAAGAACUCAUGGCCUUACCUGUUUUGUCUGAAGGGGAUCUUUUUACAUUUCCAAUUGCUUACUGACAUCUCACUGCUACAAAAAAUCAUAGAAAGCAUUGAAGGGAAAGGAAAGAGGAUUCUAAGAUUUUUUCAAGAAAAGCCAACAAACAAAGAGGUGUGUGCUGUUCUGUCAAAGUAUCAAGAGGGAAAUUCUCUGGUCCUGUGCAUCUUGAAACUCUUAAUGGCCCAUUUCAAAGAGAGAACAGAAUCACUUCUAAUUGAAGCUGAUGCAGCAGCAACUGCAGCCGACAUGGAAAGAGAGGGAUUACCGGAUUCACCCGCACUAAUCAUCCAAGGUUUGUUGCUUUACUUUGUGUCUGUCUCCAUCAAUUAUUGGCUUUCUAGCUCUUGUACCUCUUUGUCCUGUACUGUUUUUUUUUCUUCUCACUUUAAUGGCCAUUUCAAAAAUACAUUUUUGCCACCUCUGUUCCUGUAUUCUAUUUCACAAUUAUAUUCUCAUUCCUAUAUUCCUUCCAUAGUUAGCUCUCUCUGUGCCCUGUUUUUGUUGUUGUUGUUGUUGUUGUCGUCGUCGUCGUCGUCGUCUCUGAACCAUUCUCUCUACUUAACAAAAAUCCUUAUUAGUAACAUUAGUCUUCAUUAUAAAUCCCAUAGUGUAUAGUGUCUAUCUAAAAAUAAAAAAUUACAUCAUGAUUUACUCACCCACAAGCCAUCCCAGGUGUAUAUGACUUUUUUCUUUCAGACAAAUACAAUCAGUUGUUUUAAAGAAUGUCCUGGCUCUUCCAAGCUUAAAAAUGGCAGUGAAUGGAUGAUGAGAUUUUAAAGCUCUAAAAAGUGCAUCAUCCAUCAUAAAAGUAAUCCAGUAGAAAAUUCCAGGGGGUAAAUAAAGACCCUCUGAAGCAAAGCGAUGUGUUUGUAAGAAAAAUAUACAUUGUUGAACUAGUCGAAUUAUGCCAAAAGAAGGUAACUCCCUACAUGAUGUAUGACGUAGGAGUAGUGUAAGCUUUAACGCCUCUCGUAACAAAUAGGGCUGUGUAACAAACACAAGGUCUUCUCUUAUAUCAAAAUCCUCAGAAAUUUGUCUUUAAAAAUUCUUGUUUUAGACUUUUUUUGUUGUUUUUUGCUCUAUCCUCUGCGCUUCCGGGUUCUUCGUUACGUCAGGUCGGAGUGCAUUCUUUCGCCAUAAAUAUGCUGAAAAGUAGAUAUUUUAAUUUAUAUGGUUUCAAAUAUGGAUAUUUUUCUUAAACAAAUGCAUCGCUUCACUUCAGAAGGCUUGAGCCAUGUGGAGUACUUUUAUGAUCGAUGGAUGCACUUUUUGGGCUUCAAAAUCUUGCCUGUCAUUCACUACCAUAAUAAAGCUGAGAAGAGCUAGGACAUUUUUUUUUUUUUUUUUUUUUAUGGAACUCCGAUUGUAUUUGUCUGAAAGAAGAAAGUAAUUUACUCCUAGGAUAGCGUGAGUAAAUCAUGGUAAUUUUCACUUCAUUUAAUUCUUUUCAGACUAUCCCUUUAACAUGAGCUAUACAACACUUGUUAAUCUAUGACCUGCCAUAUUCUUAUUUUAUUUUUUAUAGGUGAAUCCAUGACCCCAAGCAAGUGGAUGUUGUCCGUCGAGAGGGAAGUUGU